GUGAGAUAAAGAUGUGCGCGCGCAGCUACUUAAGUGUUCUCUAUAUAUGCCACAACUUGUUGCUGAGAGUCAGUUGUCUCAUCUUCUACAACAUGAAGUGCAACGCUGUAGUCCUGCUCUUCGUGGGUGCUUUUGCCGCCACUGCCGGCGCAGAGAUUAAACGCCCAGGCCAGGACGGACAUGGCAUUCGUCUUGAUGGCCCCAGUGGAGGUUUUAAUGGUGCAGGAAUUCGCCAAAAACCAGGUGGAAAUGGCCAUGGCAUUCGUCUUGAUGGCCCCAGUGGAGGUUUUAAUGGUGCAGGAAUUCGUCAAAUACCAGGUGGAAAUGACCAUGGCACUCGUUACGGCACAGGUGGAGGUUUUAAUGGUGCAGGAAUUCGUCAAAGACCAGGUGGAAAUGGCCAUGGCAUUCGUCUUGACGGCCCCGGUGUAGGUUUUAAUGGUGCAGGAAUUCGUCAAAGACCAGGUGGAAAUGGCCAUGGCACUCGUUACGGCACAGGUGGAGGUUUUAAUGGUGCAGGAAUUCGUCAAAGACCAGGUGGAAAUGGCCAUGGCACUCGUUACGGCACAGGUGGAGGCUUUAAUGGUGCAGGAAUUCGUCAGAAAGUUUAAAACACGUUAACUGGAGAACCUGUCUGCUGGAGUCGAUCUGUUGGCAAUAUGCUGUGUGAAGCCUCUGCCGAUGACAACACUUCCUAACUCCAGACCCAAUGCAACCUUCUCUUAUUAUUAUGACCAAGUUUGUUAUACUGAUGAAAAUAUGUUCUUCCAUAAUUAUAGAGAAAUAUUUACUUAAGACUCCGACCAGUUGUGUUGUUGUCGUUUAGAUAUGCUGGCCGUGAACACCUGACAUGGCUUGGUGGUAGAAUACUAGUGUAAGUCGUUACAACUCUGAUGAGUGUUUUUACUAAAGCUGGUUAGCAAUUUGAAAAUAAAGAUUUACAGUGAGAACAAAAUACACAUAACAGCAAACUAAAUGUUAUAAUAUUGACGUAAUGUACAGUAUAAUCAAUGCGAAUGUUUUCAGAUCCAGCAUUUGAUCACAUAACUGUAUACUAUGUAUGACCACCACUCUUAUGUAGAAAUUAUAUCACAUGAAAAUAAAAUUUAUUAGAUGUUGAAAUAACAUUAAACUUGAAAACAUU